UCUUCCAUCGCAUCAUAAUUCAUUUGAAAAAUUUCACGCAUUGAAGACCGUUCAUUAUUCACAAACUAUUUAUUACAAAUUACUGAAGCAAUUUACAUGAUGACUGGACGUGGACAUACUUUGACGGAUUCAAAUUCGGACAGUGGCAAUAUUAGCGCAGAAUCGCCAACGCUAUAUGGAAACGUGGAAGCCCAAGUCUUGAAAGAGAUGGACCAAGCUCCCGGUGAAAAACAAAAGCAGAAAAACGUAUUACGAUGGCGCUAGAUUUGUCUAUGGAUUUGUUGAAACAGACUGAUCAUUUACUCGAUGCUACAAUCAAAAAUAUCGAACCGGUUUUUUUACAGCCAACAAGUCCGACGAAUCGAAGUGGCGCCAAUCGAAGUGGCGAACAAUCUCCAGCUCCAAGCGAUUCGCCAAAACUUAAACGUGCAAAGCAUAUAUUUUCAAAAACAACUUCAACUCCACUUACAAAAAAAAUUUGUAAUUUUAAUUUGGGUGUAGGUACAUUUGUCGCAACAUGCCAGUCUGAGGUUAUCAAAAAUUUCGAGACGAAUGACAAUUCUAAAAUCGAGAGAUUGCGUCGUCUAAAAAGGAGCCUACAAAACGUCUUAUAUGAGCUAAGUGAUACUGAUAGCGAGUAUGGGGAGAAAGAAAGAAACGAAUUGAGUAAUCAGAGUUUUGCAAAUCUACCAACUGCAAAAGUUUUAUUACAUGUAUCUGAAGAGGAACGGAAUGUCAUCAAAGUGAUGCGUAAAUGCGAUGGUGUAAAAAAAAGGCAUUUUGUAUGCGGCUAAUCUGGAUAAAGCCUGCGUUCGGAGUUGCUUACCUCUCCCCAAGUAGAUCGUCAUCUGAUAAUUGAGAACGAAAGUAACUCAGCAAACUUGAGCAUAUCGUCCAAAAUCAUAUAAAUUGAGAUUCAUAUUGAAUUGUUCAUAAAUAGUCUUACCUCCGUAAGACCAGUUAAUGACAGAUAGCUGAGGAUAUAUCCUCAGCUAUCUGUCAUUGACUGCGUAAGACGAUCUUUUCCGCACCGUUUUCAUAGCGUUCAGCUUUUAUUCAGAAUUUGCCUAGGAAAUUUAUAACAAUUUUCUGAAAAAAACAACAGUACGUUCAUGUAUUUUAUGAAAAAUUGUAUUAUGAUCCCGAAAAUCUUGAUGUUGGGUAUUCAAAUGAAAUAAAACGUCUGAUUGUCUUUAUUGUC